AUGUCCAUAUAUGAUCCGCCUGGGCUGAUAGCUCAUUUUUUGGUUUAUCUCAAGAUCUUGUUGCAAGACAUAUGGCGUAGUCGUGUUGAUUGGGAUGUUCCGGUAAAUGAUGACCACUUUGAAUCAUGGAAGAUAUGGCUGAAGGUUCUUCCUCAAGUUGAAAGGUGUCGCAUUCCAAGAUGUCUAUUGAAGAAUUUACCAAACUGGCUUGGAACAACUGUGCAAUUACACGUUUUCAUGGACGCAAGUGAACAAGCAUGUGCCACUGUAGCGUACAUCAGAAUUAGUUCAGAAAAUCACAUCGAAUGUUCGCUAUUAGGGGCGAAGACAAAGGUCGCACCGAUUAAGCUCCGCUCGGUUCCAAGAUUGGAACUGGAUGCUGCAGUUAUGGGAUGCAGAUUUGCCAAAAAGCUCACCGAUGAAAUGUCCAUAACAGUGAACAAAAUAUUCUUUUGGAGCGAUUCGAAGACAGUACUAAGUUGGAUAAAUGGAAAUCCCCAUCGCUAUAACAAGUUCGUAGCGUUCCGAGUAGCCGAAGUACAAGACAACGACCAAGGUGGAAGCUGGCGGUACAUUCAAUCAAAAUUCAAUGUUGCCGAUGACGCCACUAAGUGGACAAGACCACCAACGCUGGACCCUUCCGAACGAUGGUUUCAAGGCCCAAGUUUUUUGAUGGACAUAGAAGCCAACUGGCCAAAGAACAUACCAACAACAAAUGGAACUGGCGAAGAACUUGUAUGCAUUCAUCAAGCACUUCAACCGUGGAUCAACAUAAGUCGUUUUUCAAGCUGGCAAAUACUUUUGAGAACUACAGCGUACGUCUAUCGAUACUUAAAUAUCAAACUUAAAUUACAACCGGACAUACCUAGUACUGGCAUUUUAUCUUGCGAAGAAUUACGAAAGGCUGAAACUAUUCUAUUCCGUAUUGCUCAGAGGGACGUUUAUUCUGAAGAAUUUUCAUCACUCAAGAAACAAAACAAAAUACCAAAUAAACCAAUUCGAGUUCCUGCUUCAAGCUCAAUCAAGAGGCUCUCACCAUAUCUAGAUGAUGAACAACAACUACUUCGAGUAAAGGGAAGAUUGGACGCGGCCCCAUGUAUCAACAUCAACACAAAGAGACCAAUCAUAUUGACGAGGGAUCAUGCGAUUACGAAGCUACUGGUUCAACGAGUCCACGAAGACUUUCACCACGCCAAUAACGAAUGUGUAGUCAACCAAUUGAGACAAAGGUACGUAAUCCCUAAGUUAAGACAACAAUUAAAGUGUGUUAUCAAAGUGUGCCAAUGGUGUAAGAUCAAUAAAGCAAAACCGAGCACACCUGAAAUGGCCCCUCUUCCUCCAGCAAGAUUAUCGCUGUAUUGUAAUCCGUUCAUGUUCACUGGAGUAGAUUACUUUGGGCCCCUCAUGGUAACAGUAGGACGACGUCAAGAAAAGAGGUGGGGUGUUUUAUUUACCUGCCUCACUACUAGAGCCGUACACGUUGAGGUAGCCCACAAGUUAGAUUCUGAUAGCUUCAUACUAUGCUUCCAAGAUUUUAUACAUAGAAGAGGGUCUCCACAAGAAAUCUAUUGCGAUCGAGGAACCAAUUUUGUUGGGGCAGAGAAGAUGCUACGACGUGAACUUGAGGCAAUAGAUCCAAACAUCAUAGCGAAGCGAUUCAUCAGUCCGACAACAAAAUGGGUCUUCAACCCACCAGCGUCGCCCCAUAUGGGAGGAGCGUGGGAACGUUUAGUUCGCUCAUUCAAAAAAGCCUUAUACUUUUCAUUGCCAACAAAAACGCCGACUGACCAGCUGUUGAGAAGCUGCUUGGUAGCAGCUGAAGGUAUGAUUAACUCCAGGCCACUCACAUAUAUGCCUUUGAACGAUGAACUAGAAGAAGCCUUGACUCCAAACCAUUUCUUGAGGCUGGAUUCUGGAGGAGCCCAACCAAUCGCACGAAUCAACGAUAGCCCUAAAACACUGCGAUACAAAUAUCAAUACAAGGAGCGAUUUGCAAACAAAUGCUGGGAUCGAUUCAUACAAGAGUAUGCACCUAAGUUGACUCUGAGAACAAAAUGGUAUAAUCCGGUGGAACCAUUGAAGAUAGGCGACCUCGUCAUCAUCGUCGACAAAGACCUCCCUCGGAACAAUUAUCCAAAGGGAAAGGUGAUCUCCGUUAAAGCUUCUUCCGAUGGACAGGUACGCAGUGCAACGAUUCAGACCAUCCACGGAGUUUUUGAACGACCAACAGUAAAAUUAGCGAAGCUGGAAAUCGGUAGUAGUGAUGUUUCAACAACUUCCCAACCGGGAAUUGUCAAACUGGGGGGAACUGUUAAGAAAAAUGAAAGUGGCAUCACUGAACUUGAAGACAAACGAAAUACAGAAAACAAGAAAGAACAUUUAAAGAAGAGAGACAACUAA